AUGUCAGCAAGAGCUCUGAAGCUUUUGGCAGACUCCCAACAGUCAGAGGUGGCUCCUGCUCCACCAAGCCCAGUCCUUGGAAAGCUUCGGCACACAAGCGAGGGCGUCUUUCUUCCGUCGGCCCCUCCGGGCCUGGAGGCUACAGGGCAUUGCUCUGAACAAGUGGAGGGGGCUGAAUCAAGCUCUGGCAGCACCUAUUUCGAUGAUGCAGAGCUUGCACCGUUUCCAAAUGAUGCAAGAUUCUGGGGUCAAGCUCAGCUCGAGGGGAGCCAGCAAGAGCCUGCUGUUGGCGGCACGCAGAUGAUCCUCGCCACAACUCCUUUGAGCCCGCCAAUUGCCACAGACUGGUCUUUCCCGUCCGUGUGCCCAUGGGCCGGAGCUGUGACCCUUGACAUGUGCUACCCCGGCGCCGGCUUCGACGGAAACAGCUAUGCAUUGCCAGAAGCGCAAGUGCAUGUUCCUGUCCCGGAGCCUCCAUCCCUCCCGGCCACCCUCGGUUCAGCUGCACAUGAGGAGGGCACCUGCAAGCCCUGCGCUUUCGUCUACACGAAGGGCUGCCAAAGUGGUUUGCAUUGUGCAUUUUGUCACCUUUGUCCACCUGGCGAAAAAGAUCGUCGAAAGAAGGUGAAGCACAUCAUGGCAAGGAUCAGACGCAGGGCCAAACCUGGUGCUUGA